AUGGAGAGGGACAAGGAGUAUUUCUUGGGUGUUACUGAACUGUACAGAUUUCUGAGAAUAUCAGAAGUUGUACCUGACUUGAUUGGCCCCAGAGCUGGGGCCGAGAGGAGUUGGCAAGCAGGAAUUAUGAGCCAUGGUCAACCCCACCGUGUUCUUCAACAUCACCGUCGACGCGUCGCCUUCGAGGUGUUUGCAAACGAAGUUCCAAAGACAGCAGAAAACUUUUGUGCUCUGAGCACUGGAGAGAAAGGAUUCGGUUAUAAGGGUUCCUACUUUCACAGAAUUAUUCCAGGGUUUAUGUGCCAGGGUGGUGACUUUACACGCCAUAAUGGCACUGGCGGCAAGUCCAUCUAUGGGGAGAAAUUUGAUGAUGAGAACUUCAUCUUGAAGCAUACAGGUACCGGCAUCUUGUCCAUGGCAAAUGCUGGACCCCACACAAGCAGUUCCCAGUUUUUCAUCUGCACUACUAAGACUGAACGGUUGGAUGGCAAGCAUGUGGUUUUUGGCAAGGUGAAAGAGGGCAUGAAUGUUGUGCAAGCCAUGGAGGGCUUUGGGUCCCAGAAUGGCAAGACCAGCAAGAAGAUCACCAUUGCUAACUGUGGGCCACUCUCAUAA